AUGAGCAAUGGAGGUGGAGUAGACGACAACGAGUUCGAUGAAAAGAAAAUUCGAGUAGCCGCUGAUGAAUUCGGUAGAGCAGUCGCAAAAGUAGCAGUAGCUCAGAUAUGCGAGCGUGUUGGUUUCCACAGUGUUAACGAUUCUGCUCUAGAGUCUCUCGCCGAUAUUGCUAUCAGGUACGUGAAAGAUUUAGGGAAAACCUCAAAGUUUUACGCUAAUGUAGCCAAUAGAACAGAGUGCAAUGUGUUCGACGUAAUUCAAAGCUUGGAGGAUUUGAGUUCUUCUGUCGGGUUUCCAGGCGGGUCAGAAACCUGUACAAAUUUGAUCCGUUCUAGUUCUUCCAUGAAGGAGAUCAUGGAGUACGUUGAAGCCAUUGAAGAAGACGAACUUCCUUUUGCUCAACCAAUUCCCACUUUUCCGAUUGUUAGAGAUAGAAGAUUAACCCCAAGUUUUCUCCAAAUGGGUGAAACACCAGAGUUCAAACACGUACCUGAUUGGCUACCUGCAUUUCCAGAUCCCCAUACUUACAUUCACUCUGCUGUAUGGAACGAGCGGACUUCAGAUCCAAGAUCAGAUAAAGUUGAGCUCGCUAGACAAAGAAGAAAAGCAGAAAACUCAUUGUUGACUUUACAAAAACGAUUGCUGUCUAAAUCAUCUCCAACAUCAUCUUCUUCUGAGGUCGCAAAUGGCAGUAGCAAGAAGAUCCGAUUUGGAUUCGGUGAGAAGCCAGUUAGUUUGUCAGAUAAACACGUGAAUGAUGUGAAUUUGGAGAAUCAUGUGUCUAUAUUGGAGGCGUUUGCACCUGUUAUUGAAGCUUUGAAUAGUAGGGUUUCUGAAUCUGGUGAGAAUGGUGAAACUGAAAGAGAUGUUCUUGAUAAGAGACCUGCUGUUCGAUUGAAUUUUAGUAAUGGAAGGAAACUGAUUGGUGAUUCCUUGGAUUUGAGGUUAUGGAAUAGGGGUACUGGAAGGAUUUCAUCAUGGUUUGGGCGUGAUGAUGUGAUGGAUGAGAAGAAGAGGAGAGCUGAGUAUAUUUUGAGACAAUCUAUGGAGAACAGGUUGGAUCUUGCUCAGUUGUAG